AUGGUGAGGACACGAAGCAGAAGUCGCGGAGAGGAGCUCAUACAGCUGGAUAUGGAUGGGCCAGGGGGCAGGAAGCGUUACCGGACACAGAGUCAGAGUGACGCGGGCGGAAGGAAAAAGAGAGUCGUGGGUGACGUCUCGCCGAGUGGAAGACUGCCACCUUCUCCCGCGCCCGUCACCCCCGUGGGUCCUGUUCCCACCAUCACACAGCUCCCGCCUCCCGAGGACAAACAACAGCUCAUCGACGGACCUGUGAGGGUGGGAGACGUUUCCCCCGGCGCAGUGCUGGAUAAGCAGCACCUGAGUCCGAGACCAAGUCCCCGAACCAAGCCUCUGUCCAGACCAGCAAGCCCAAUCAGAGCUGCCAGUCCCUCCAGGCCGGCAAGCCCGCUCAGGGCGGCCAGCCCCUCCAGGCCGGCAAGCCCACUCAGGGCAGCCAGACCGGCAAGCCCUUCAAGACCAGCCAGCCCGUCAAAUAAAGCAGAGGGGAUCGCGAGUCCCCACACUAGUCCAGAUGUAGGCACUGAGCAACCGCCGGCGCUUAGUCUUGCUAUGUCGCCUCAUCCCCCGUCGCCAACAGCUCCCAAACCGUUCGGAGUUGAGAAGACCUCGGAGGUUCAAAAGACCCCGGCAAGUCCCCACCCAGAACCCAAACCCAUGGGGAGUCCGAAACCGGUGACCACGCCUGAGGCUCCAGGCAGUCCCAAGCCCCCUGGCAGUCCCGAAAUUCCAGGCAGUCCCAAGCUUUCUGCUAACCCCGCGCCGUCGGCGCAAGAGGAGCCCAAGACCGUCGGAGACCGGACUUCCCCCGCUGGAUCCCGCCGGGGUUCCAGACAGCUCCCGUCCCCUGCUCCGUCUGCCAUGGCGGUGGAGCAGGCGGCGACGCCGUCUUCCGCUACAUCUUCGAACGUCCGAGGUCCGACUCCAGACGUGACGGAAGACUUUUUGACCCAAUAA